GCAAGAUUCUCUGAGAGGCAUAAGCAGUUCUUUGGCUUCCGUGUGAACAUUUGAGGCAAGAGACUUCCUCACGUUGGCAAAACCCCUCGAUGCUAGGUAGCCCGCUGGGCAGGAUCCUCAACGAGGAAUUUGGAAUCUGGGAUUUUUCACCCUUAAUGAACACAAUUGUGAGUAGCGGUUUGGUUUUUUAAAAAAGGCUGGCACAUCAAGUAUGGGACUUACUUGGAUAUGGAAGGGUUUGGUUGUCCUACGUGCAUUAGAACUGGGAUUUAUCUAUACUGAUUGCCUCAACUUUCAGAGUUUCUAGCCCUCAUGAAACCAAGUGCAGUGGCACCAAUCUGGAAUACUGCUGCUACUGAUAUCUGACAGGCGCCUACAAUUUCGAUAUUUCACCUCCUGCUUAAAACUAUUUGGUUCCACUGAAUGUUUUUAUAGAAUUGAUUGAGCGUAGCUCAAUUCAUUCUGUUUUUAUGGCUAUGUAAUUUUACAACGUUUUAACGGUUUUGCUGCAUGGCGUCGUGAUGUUUUGAAAGUGCGGGCGGUUUAUAAGUAUUAUAUAUUUAUAUCGAAAUUAAACCCUCUGUCCCUUGCCAGGUCGACAUCUUCGCACUUUUGCUACCAAACUCCGAUAUCAUUCACACACCAAAUAUUUUCUCUCUAUGAAAAUGUUGAUGAGCACUUUCCUUCCUAGACCUUUCAUCAGGAAUUCACUUUUGAAUUCACUUUGUAAGCUAAUAGUAAAGGUAAAGGGACCCCUGACCGUUAGGUCCAGUCGGGACUGACUCUGGGGUUGCGGCGCUCAUCUCGCUUUAUUGGCCAAGGGAGCCGGCGUACAGCUUCCGGGUCAUGUGGCCAGCAUGACUAAGCCGCUUCUGGCGAACCAGAGCAGCGCACGGAAACGCUGUUUACCUUCCCACUGGAGUGGUACCUAUUUAUCUACUUGCACUUUGACAUGCUUUCGAACUGCUAAGUUGGCAGGAGCUGGGACAGAGCAACGGGAGCUCACCCCGUCGCGGGGAUUUGAACCGCCAACCUUCUGAUCGGCAAGUCCUAGGCUCUGUGGUUUAACCCACAGCACCACCCACGUCCCGUAAAAUAAUAACAACACUCCUAUUUUUGUGUGUCUGUUUGUGCAGGAAGAGGAGACAGAAGGUGUGAAAAGAAAGGAGAGGACAGCUGCUGUCCUUUCAGCACCAUGGUGAGUCGUAGAUAUUCCGGCUAUCUGGCAGAUGAUGAGAGCCUCAGGGGACCUCAGGUAAGGCCCAAAGAGAGACAGAAAUGGGUUGCCCUUGGCCAUCCCAUUCGAGGAAAGGGAGUCACCCAAGCUGAGUCAGUGUAGUGGUUAGAGUGUUGGACUGUGACCUGGGAGACCAGGGUUCGAAUCCCUACUCAGCCAUAAAGCUCACUGGCUGACCUAGGGCCAGUCACUGACUCUCAGCCUAACCUACCUCACAGGGUUGUUUUAGGGGUUAAAUGAGGAAGGGGAGAACCGAAUAUGCCAGUCACCUUGAGCUUCACGGAGUAAAAAGUGGCAUAAUAAACGCAACAAGCAAAGUGCCCUCUGGUGCUGCCCUACUUUGACAUUGGACUUGUCAGUCUUAGGUGGCAGGAGGGGGGUGGCAGCACUCAAAGUAGUGGGCAGCAGCAGAGCCAGCUGCCGUCCAGGAUACCUCAAGGACUGCCUGAUCCCUUAUAUUCCUGCCAAAUCGUAGAGUUCUUCAGGGGAGUCACUGUUAGUGGUUCCCCAUGGCUCUGAUGCAUGGCUCAUAAACACUAGAAGCCACGAGUUGAGUAUUGUGGGCCCGGUUUUAAGGAACCCGGUUUUAUCUGAACCUACCUGAAUUUUGGGGACAUGGGUGGCGCUGUGGGUUAAACCACAGAGCCUAGGACUUGCCGAUCAGAAUGUCGACAGUUUGAAUCCCCGCGACAGAGUGAACUCCCGUUGCUCGGUCCCAGCUCCUGCCAACCUAGCAGUUCAAAAGCAUGCCAAAGUGCAAGUAGAUAAAUAGGUACCGCUCCGGCAGGAAGGUAAACAGCGUUUCCGUGCACUGCUCUGGUUCACUGCUCUUAGUCAUGCUGGCCACAUGACCCGGAAGCUGUACGCUGGCUCCCUCGGCCAGUAAAGCGAGAUGAGCGCCGCAACCCCAGAGUCGGCCACAACUGGACCUAAUGGUCAGAGGUCCCUUUACCUUUUACCUUUACCUGAAUUUUGCAAUGCGGUUCUCCAAAGAAUAUGCAUCUGUGAACGAGAAAACAUGCACAGAAUGCAUACAUUAGUGAAAAUAACAUACACAGAUGCAUUAGAUUUUAAGGAAAUUGCUUACAAAAAGGUGUAUAUUAGUCAAAACUGCAUGCAAACCUGUGUUCAUCAGGAGAAAUUUGCACUCUGCCGAUAUAUUUUCAUGGGUUUUUUUAAAAAGGCAAAUUGCUGCAGAAAUGCGGAGAGCUGAAAUUAAGAUUGAAAAAUGAGAAAACUAGGGAACCAAAAUCGACAGAUUUGUUGACCUCUUACUGGGUCUAAGCACCACUCAACUGUCAGCAGUGUUUGCUUCUGAUGGCAUUGGUUCAACUUGUAAAACCCAUUGAGCUUCAACAAAAGGUCUUCAGCCAGCUGAAAUGUAAACAUUGGCUUGCAAUGAAAAAUUCAAAUAAUUGUAAAAGGAAGUGUUACCCUUUAAAUUGCUAGCAUGAAGUAGGGACGCCCAACAAAGGAAAGGAAAGCAGUGACUAGCCUCUACCUGCUUGUUUCCUCACACUAAUCUGCCACAAAAAAACUUGAAAGCCUUAUUAUCACCUCCUCCACUCACCAGAGCUGCCAAUUACCCAGGCCAAAGCUGUCAUAAUUCCUGCUCUGAAAAAAGUCCUAGAACUACACACCCCUGUGUUUUCCCCUCCACUAUAUCACUGCCUACAUUGCUGGUGUUACACGCAUUUUUGAUACAGUCCCAGUAACUUCAGACCCGAUUCCCCUUUUCACCCUGGCUUUUCCUUGUCUACAGCUGAGACAAGGAGAUCCCUCUGACUGGAGGAACAUCCUGAGGCCACCUUCCCGCUGCCAAUUCCGGGACCAGUUCGCCGCCACCACAGCUUCUGAGUUCAGAGCUUUCAGCCCAGACAAAGGGAAACGAAAGCAGCGCUCCAGCAGUCACGGCGAAAGCAGCCACCUCGCCAACGAAUUCUCGGAGUUUGUGGAUUUCUUAGCUGACGAGGAGGUCCUGGAAAGCCUUCAGAACAUCGUCGAGGAUGCCGUGCGGAAGCUGCGGCGAGUGACGACCGAGGAUGGAGACCCGCUAUUUGAUAUCGAAGAAGAAUCUGGCUCCAGCAUGGACAGCAGGUCGUGGUCCUUCUCCUGCAGCUCGCAGUCUAGGUACCACACCACCUCGGCCACUUCCAGCUCUGAAGACGACUGGGAAGCAUGUCUCACCAGCAGAAGGGAGCCUAGGCUCGAAGGAAAAAUGUCCCUCCUGGAUAAAUAUGCCGCCAGGCUCCCGAGGCUAGAUGAGAGGCCCAGGGAGGGAGUUUCCGGAGGAUUCCACGCAGAGGUAUUUGGAGGACUUUCUUGACGGAUCCGACCUCCCGCGCCGCGCUGAGAGUUCCCCGCUCUGAUCCAGCCAAUGUAAUCCAUGCACGGAAAUAAACUUCUGCACAAAAUGUCUGGAUCCGCUACAGAAAAGCCUGCUAUGUGUGUGUGGGGAGGUGUUUAUGGGUGUGGAAGUGGUGUACUAUAUCCAGCAAUUCCAUAAUGCAUGUGCAAGGACAUAGGAUAGUUGUGCAUUGUUGCACCGCAGGACCCAGCAGUAGAAAGGGAGCCUUCUCUUUGCAGUUCUUUUCCAGCCACAUGCCUGGUGGCCAACUCCAUCCAUUCAGAUCACUGAACGCUCAUUUCAUUUACUGAGUCAGGUUGCAGACAAUAUCCUGCACAGACGCUUCUGUUUUUCCCUUUGCAAUCUCCUACUGUUCUCAUAUUGGUGCAGGUUCUUAGCCCUCAAGGCACUGUGUGUUGUUCCUGGGGUGUGUGUGUGAUGUGAUUCUUUCAAAGCUAGUGACGGCAUGGCAAUUGGAAAGGUUCUCUAUAAAACUUGAGUGUCGCAGGAACCUACUGGACAGUGCCUGUGACGCAGCUAAUGACAGAUGAAAAUCGCAGUUGCACUCCAGGCUUGAAUUAUGUUGUGACCCUAAUGCAGGGGUGGGGAACCUCGGGCCUGUGGGCCAUACCUGGCCCAUCAAAUUGCCCAAUUUUGCCUGUCAAGUUUUCUCCAAAUCAUGCUCACCUACCCAUCAGCUGACAUCACCGGUGUUGUCAGCUGAUGGGCAGGAGGACAGCGUUUAAUCUGACAUUGGCUGCAGAACCAGGAACGAACAGGAUCAUGCAGCCUAGCCAGCAGGAUUUAAUCCCCAUUCAUCAACUGAUGAAUGAAGAUUAAAGCCCUUGAGUGGGUGGUGGGGUUGCAGAGGGGAGAAGCCACUUAAAAGAGAAGCCGCUUUAAGACAUUCCCUGCACUCCCAACUGGAGCACAGAGACUGCCUUAAAGCAGUUACCUUUGCAAGUGUCCCCAUGUUCCCCAUUUAAAGUGCCAACAAUAAGGGGUUAAAAGGAGAAGCAUGGGCAAAGCCACACAGGGGAGUUUAACUGGUGGGUAUGCCUCCUCCAAUAGGGACGCGGGUGGCGCUGUGGGUUAAACCACAGACCCUAGGACUUGCCGAUCAGAAGGUCAGCGGUUCGAAUCCCUGCGACGGGGUGAGUUCCCGUUGCUCAGUCCCUGCUCCUGCCAACCUAGCAGUUCGAAAACAAGUCAAAUUGCAAGUAGAUAAAUAGGUACCACUCCAGUGGGAAGGUAAACGGCGUUUCCGUGCGCUGCUCUGGUUCGCCAGAAGCGGCUUAGUCAUGCUGGCCACAUGACCCGGAAGCUGUCUGCAGACAAACGCCGGCUCCCUCGGCCUAUAGAGCGAGAUGAGCACCGCAACCUCAGAGUCGGUCACGACUGGACCUAAUGGUCAGGGGUCCCUUUACCUUUAUCCCUCCUCCAAAAAAAUAACUGUCAAAUCUGGCCCAUGAGGCCAAUCCUGAUAAUGAUCUGUCCUGUGGACCCUAAAAUGUUCCUCCCCGCUGCUCUAAUGCUAUAGAGCUCAUCCAUCAGCAAUGAAUGAACAAUGCCCACAUCUAUAUUAAGGAAUCCUUCCACCUGAGAAAAGGCUCCUCAAUUCUAAUUCCAUUGUGCAGGGACAGCGUAGCAGGCAUCCACAACUGGAUGCACGGACUGAAAGAGGGGUUCAGGCUCCUCCAGACUGGUGUUUUAUUGUGAGUGUAUUCUGCAACAUAUAACAAUAACAGUGAAUUAGUGGCAUAUUGGUUCUGCUUCAGUUUGUUCUGCAAUGUUUCCCAAUGCCAUUAUAUCGUUGCUGUCCAGACGGGCUAUAGCACACGAAAAAUAAACCAGAACAUUUGUGCUAUAAAACAUUCCGGGAUUUCAGCAGGGAGUUAUGGGAUGUGCACUGACUGAAAAGGAAGCAGUGUGACUCUCCCACAACUUUUUGCAGGGGUGAAUAUGACUGAAAGCGGGAACACGUGUGACCUCCCUGAUAAUUCCGUGUGCACAAAUCGUCAUGAAUGCACAAUAAAAAAUGACAUCUGGAGGGGCCCGUGGAAGGGGAGGGUGAAGAAUAGUCAUUCUAAGAUGAGAAUCACACUUUUCAAGAAUGGUACCUAUUGUGUGAUCACUUAUUAAUGUGCAGCGAUUAUCACAGGUCUCCUAUAACAACUUUCCUUUCCUUUCUUUCUUUUUACUAUUCUGCUGUUUGUCCCUUUUUGGAGGGCAAACCAGCAGGAAUGGUUUGAUGUGAUUAAAAAAGGAAAAUGAAAAAGUCGGGAAAUAGCUCAGAGUACCCAAAGACACAGGAGAAUGUGGAAAUUGUUCAGAGUGUCAUUCCAAUUGAUUGAUUGAUUGAUUGAUUGAUUGAUUGAUCUGGGUUGCUAAAUCUUUUGGUUUGUAGGGGUAGACCAGGGGUGGACAACCUGAGACCCUCCAGAUGUUGCUGGACUCCCAUCAGUCCCAGCCAGCAUGGUCCAUGGUCACGGAUGAUGGGAGUUGUAGUCCAGCAGCAUUUGGAGGGCAAGAGGUUGCCUACCCUUGAUUCAGGGACAAAAGUCUCUACUUAGGAUGCAAAUCCUAAACAAGAUGGGAACACUGGCCGUGCCUUUGGUAGCUCUGUGAAAGAGCACCUGCUUUCUAUGCAGGAAGGUUCAACCCCUGCUGGAAAAGAACCCUGUCUGUAACCUGGAGAGCUGCUGCCAGCCAGUGUUUACAAUAAUGAGUUAGAUAGGUCUGACUUUGCAUGAAGCAGCUAAGAGAGAGGAAGAGCAAGUGUGCAUUUGGACAGUGGUUGUCCAAAACCCCAGGGAGCUGCACCCCAGUCACUAUACACCAGUGCUUUUCCAUCUUGGGCCUGGAGAUAUUGAUGGACUAAAACACCCACCAUCCCCAACCAGCUUAGGCAAAGGGUAACGAUUUAGUACAACAACAUCUGGGAGCCUAAGGCUGAAGAGCACUGGUGUGGCCAGUAUUGAGUUGGAUGCACCAAUCGUUUGGUUCAGCGUAAGGUGGUUUUUUACAUUCCUCCGUUGUCUUAUCUGGGAGUUAUGAAAUGGUCUGUUCCCAGCUUCCACCUAGACUAUCCAGACCGAACACAUCCCCUUGUUACUUGUUUUGAUGCUGUUAUAAUAUACUUUCUUUUCUCUUCCUUUACUUUCUCCUUUACUCGCUUGCAGACAUUUUCAGAACGAUCAGGGGACAGUUAUUAUUUCCGGCAAGAACACUUCCACAUUUGGGCCAAACUGGCAGAGUCUUUCACUAAGCUACACCCCCCGCACAGAGAUUAUUUUGCAAAGUUCAGGAAACAGAUCCCAAAGCAGACGAUGUCCGUAGAGUCCCUGCACAAGGAGAUCACCAGUGUUCUGAAACGGCCCACGCCCAGCAGCAUCCCUUUGUACUAUCCAGGAAACGAACCUUUCUCGGCCCUAGAUUUCUUGGAAGAAAACAAAAUCCUCGCGGCUCUUCAGUGCAUAAUAAACCAAGCGGUCCUCAAAGUCCUGGAGGUGACAAUGGCAGAUGGAAUCUCCUUUGUGGGCGCUUACGACGAACAAGGCCACCCUCUGCUGCCGUGGGCCUCUUCAAUGGAGGAGAGCGAGGAAGGCGAGGAAGAAGAGGAGCUGAGGAGCGGCUCAGCCGACUCCGAGAGCGGAGAGGACACGUCAGAAGAGGGUGACUCCAAAUCCGAAGAGGGGAAGGAGGGAGAGGGGGGAAAGAAGAAGAAGAAAAAGAAGAAGGGGAAGAAGAAGAAAGACAAGGGGAAGGAGAAGGAGAAGGAAAAGGAGAAGGACAAGGAGAGGGAGAAGAGGAAGAAAGCAAAGGGGGAAUCCGUAACCCCAUCCCCGGAAGAGAAGGGCAAGCCAAAAUAUACACCACCAGUCCUUCCAAAAUCGAAGCGGAAAUCUAUGGGGCCUGAGGAAGCUCAGCGCAAACCCAAAUACGUGCCGCCUCCGCUGCCGAAAACGAAGCCAAGGCCGCCGCCAGAGGAGCCCCCACCCAAACCGAAAUACGUUCCGCCCCCGCUUCCGAAACCAAGACAGAAAAAAGACUCUACCCAAGGAGUUGCUGAGUCCAAACAGGUACGUAAAUUUCUAAAGAAAGGGAGGCUGCGGCCUACCUGGGGAGUAUGACAAGGGUCCCGCAGGCCUUACCCACUAAUAGAGAUGGGGGGGGGGAGAAGGUUUGAAUCCGUCCACACUUAAAUUUGCUUAAUUUGCACUUUCCAAAACACUAUGUGAACUAAAACACAGCCAUCCUUUGAAAUUUGCACUUCUUCUGAAUUUUGCAACGCUGUUUUCCAGCUGAGCGAUGUAUUGAAAAAUAAAGUGUGAAUGAAAAUGCAUGUAUUAGCAACAAGAAUAAUCAAAAUGCAUUGGCAAAAAUAACAGUACAGUACCUGUUUUUGCUAAUAUAUAGUUAACUCCAACCUGCUGGGGUGAUUGGCUGGUGGCUCGCCAACUACAUUCUUUCUGUGGCACCCCUGUGGGGCUGAGGAGCCCAGUUAUGUCACCCCUCGACUUCAGAGCUGAUAGCCUCUCACCCUUUUUUGAACACCCUCCUUGUGGAGUGUUCCCUCAGUCUCCUCUGUUCUCCCCUCACCUUGGGAAUCCUCUGGGCUGCCGCCCCUGGUCUCUGAGCUGCCCCCCUGCCCCAGAGAGAGAUACCCCCUCACACUGCCCCACAGGGGCCUGGGAAGCACCCCCUGGCCAGCCCCAGAGGCACCAUUUGCCUGGGGAGUUUGUAGCCAGGGCUGCUGCAACAAACACCUGUGCAAACCUUUGGGUGGCAGAGAUGUGAGAGGGCAUCAGAGGAGGGGGGAGAGGAAAGAGGGACAGAAGCUAUUAUUGCCAAUGGCACGCCUGGGCAUCAUUCAAGGCACCCCAGGGUGCCACGGCACACUGGUUGAAAACCACUGUCCUAUGGCAUUGUUAGGGACACGGAUGGGCACUGUGGGUUAAACCACAGAGCCUAGGACUUGCCGAUCAGAAGGUUGGCAGUUCGAAUCCCCGCGAUGGGGUGAGCUCCUGUUGCUCAGUCCCUGCUAUUGCCCACCUAGCAGUUCGAAAGCACGUCAAAGUGCAAAUAGAUAAAUAGGUACCGCUCAGGCGGGAAGGAAAACGGUGUCUCCGUGCGCUGCUCUGGUUCGCCAGAAGCGGCUUAGUCAUGCUGGCCACAUGACCUGGAAGCUGUAUGCCGGCUCCCUCAGCUAAUUAAACGAGAUGAGCACUGCAACCCCAGAGUUGUCUGCGACUGGACCUAAUGGUCAGGGGUCCCUUUACCUUUAUGGCAUUGUUAAGUAGCUCUUUCAACACUUUCUGUCUUCCCUUUCCACUGUUCCAAGCCUGCUGUCUCAAGGCGUAUCAUCAGCCCCAGCGACAUCAAACGUGCCCGCCUGCAAGGCAAGCCCCUCCCGAAGCAAGCCAUCAUUGAUUUCCUGAUUGAAAAUGCAGCCAAGCUCAUCUUAUACAAGUACAACUACGAAACCCUUCUUUCCGAGAAGCUGGGCUUCAUCUCGGUUCCCGUAACCAAGGUCCUGCUGGAGAUCAUGUUCGGCUACAAGAGAGUUAAGGGCAGUGGGAUACGGCUGUCGUCUCAAAUCGACUGGUCAAAAGUCCACGACGAGAUCUACGCACCGCGCAAACCGAGGCCCAAGACCCCGAAGCAGAAAGACAAGAAGAAAGGCAAGAAAAAGAGAGUCCUGUGGGACCUGCAGAAAAAAUCGGGGGAGAAGAAGAGCGUCCUGUUCAAAUCCGACAUGCCCACUGGCAAAGUUGUGGUGAUGAAAAGCGCCGUGGAGAAGGAAGUGAAGUCAGGCAUACUGCAAAAAAUAGAGUCCAGUAGCCUGCAAGAGGGCAGCCAAGAAACAGAUAUUUUUGAUAUAGUUGCUUUCGGAGAGGGCGAAUCUGAGGAGUUAUCUGUAGAGGGCGAAGGACUUCCAGACCAAUUCGUAUCAAGGAGAUCUAUCACUUCUGAAGACAGCAAAACCUUGCUUGAAGCUCCAGAUUCUGAAGACCAGUCGCCACUCGAUGUGACGCCAAAGGCAUCGUCUUCUCAAAAAUUAAACAUAGACCCUGACGGGGCCAGAGAGUCAGGGACUGUUUUGCCCGAAGUAGGAGCUCCGAGUCAGAACUCUGGAGAACAUUUGAAGAAACACUCGUCGUCUCGAAGGUCUAGCCUCAGCGAGGAAGGUAGCAAAACUCAUCUGCCUAAAAUCUAAAACUGGUAUAAUAGCAAUAAAGCAUAUAGGUUUGUA